AGCUCUUCCUCUUCCCUCCUUCCUCUUCCUCUUCUCCUCUCUCUCUCUCUCUCUCUCUGUAACUUUUCCUUAUUCUCUCUCCGUAACUAUCUUCACAGCUGGGUUCCUUUUGCUUUACUUCAAAAUCAUAUCUGCAUAGAACUUCUCUGAAUUUAUUAUGUUAGUCGGUUUUCGUCCCCCCUCUGCUUGGUUUCCGGGAAAGGUGGAGAGAGCAAUGGAAAAUAUGAGUUUGAAUCUCUCUUUUGGGAUUCUGGAAGUAGCAAUGUCCCGGUGGAGUCAUUUGAGUGGGCCAAAUAGUUUUUUGGGUCCCAAUUUCGUGGAGUUUGGUCUAUCUGGAAUUCCAAAUUGUAUAUGCAGGAUUUGAUUUGAUUUGGUUUGAUUUUCUCGGCGAACAAAUAGAGUAUGAGAAAGUAAAUGAACAUUUUGGGAUUCUUAAAAAGAGAGAUUUAUUUACCCGUGGAGUCAUUGGAGUGGGAAAAAUAGUUUUUUCAGGCUCAAUUCGGCGGUGGUUGGUCUAUCAGGGAUUCUAAAUUCUGGAAAUCUGAUAUGCAGGAAUUUAUUAUCUUUGAUUUUCUUGGAAACCAAACAGUGUUGAGAAAUUGAAUGCUUAGUUGCAGUGGUUUUUGACUAUUGGAAUUCAGCUAACUGCCUGCUAAAUCUUUGUUUUUAAGAGAAAAGCAUAGGACUCAGUUGCCCCUGGGAUUCAUGCUGGGUUUUAAUGCAAACGAUCCAAUUUUACUUGGAAUAAAUGCGUUUUUUAUGCAUUUCAAGCUAACAGGUUGACUGAUUGUAGUGUCAGAUUAGAAGAAUGGCUAUUGCUGGCCUGCACAACGUUACUGUGCUCGACUCUUCUUUCCUUAGGGUAUCUCAUUCUCAAGCAUCAGGGCAGCAAGUUGAUGAAGGAAGAGUCAGUACCCAGGCAUCCUCGUUAUUGCAGAUGUGGCGGGAGCUUGAGGAUGAGCAUGUGGCAAGUCGCUUCCCGCAAGAAAGAGUUGUCUCACGAAGGAGUGAUAGGUUGAAUGCUGACCACCCAAAGGGUCAAGGUUCGGAUACUGAUAGUAAUGAACAUGGGGGUGGUUGGGAGGUCACAAGUCUGACUGAGAGUGAGUAUGGAGCAUGGUCUCAAAUUCAAAUUGGCUCACCAAAUGAAAAUAUUGAUUCAAGCAAUUUUAACUGUGAACAUUCUUCAGAUUUUGGGGAAGUUGAAAGGGAGAGGGUGAGACAGAUUUUUCGGGAAUGGAUGAACAGUGGUGUGAGGGAACAUCCGUCAAAUGUUUCUCAUAUUAACAACAGCCCAAGGGCAGAGUGGCUAGGUGAAACGGAGCAGGAGAGAGUGAGAAUCAUAAGGGAGUGGGUACAAAUGAAUAGCCGGCAGAGAGGUGCUUUUAGUGACAGUAGAGAAGAGCAAGCUGCUGAUAUCAGUACUCAGAUUGAGCAAAUUCGUGAUGGAUUGGUUGUUAAUCAGAUUGAAGGCCGGAAUGAGCAUAGCAGGAGGGGCAUUCGGAGAUUAUGUGGCAGACAAGCUUUGCUUGAUAUGAUAAAGAAGGCUGAGAGGGAAAGGCAAACUGAGCUUCAAGGCUUGUUGCAUUGUCGCGCUGUAUCACAGUUUGCUCACAGAAACCGUAUUCAGUCGUUACUUAGAGGUAGGUUUUUGCGAAAUGAUCAAUUGGUUGAGAAUGAGAGACCCGCUUCCCUGGCAGAAACUGAGCUAGGUUUGUUGAGGCAAAGACAUACUGUAUCUGGUCUGAGGGAAGAAAUUUGCUCCAGAUUGGACACUUCUGUAUGUGGUCAAGUAAGCUGCAGCCAAUCUGAUACCUUAUAUGACAAUGAAAUUAAUGGCAACAGAAACAAUCAAUCUCAAGCAAACAAUGCACAGGACGUUCUAGAUAAACCUAGUGAACAAUCUGAAAGUAAUUAUGAGGAGAGUAUUAUUAACCACAGGUUGCCAGAUAUUCAGAAUGAUUUAGAAGAUGGUGCUGUUGAAGGUAUUGGAUGGCAAGGAUCUAGUGCUUCUGAAGAACAGAUUUCAGAGAAUGAAGAAUUUUUUUAUAGGACAGAUGGGACUGAUGAAAGUUUGAAUGGAAACUCACAAGAAAACACUGCUAGUGAGUCCAUUGAGUUGGGAGAACAUAGUCAUAUGCAAGAAUCUGAUGCAGGAAUUAACAGACAAUCUGAUCCAGUUAUUGUGGAAAGUUUGACUCAUGGGUUGUCUGAUCAUGAUUCUAAUUUGGAUAUUAAUUGGCAAGAAUCUGCCGCACAGGCGGAGCUGUGGCCCGAACAAAAUAUGGAAACUGAGGAAAGAGAGACACAACAUUCAAAUGCUGAAUAUCAUGAAUGGAGGGAAGGAAUUAGAGAAGACAUGGAUGAAAACCUUUUGGGAAUUACUUUCAACUUCCAAGGGUUUGAGAAUGAAGAUAUAGAACAGGUUCAACUGCAAGAAGCCCCAGAAGUGUGGAACGAGGAUAAUGGUGUUCAAGGGGCUGUGCAACAUUGGUUAGAAGGGACUUCUGAUCGGGAAGCUGUUCCAGUUCGAGGGCUUGGUACAUUUUAUUUUCCUGAUGAUGAAAAUGUUUACAAUGUGGAACUGAGAGAACUGCUUAACAGGAGAAGAGUUUCCAAUCUUCUUCACAGCGGGUUCCGUGAGAGUCUUGACCAAGUGUUACAAUCAUACGUGGAAAGACGGGAAAGUAACGCUCCUAUUGACUGGGAAGUGCCUGGAACAUCAUCUUCUCAUGAAUCAGAAGAACCAGAUCUGGAGCAUCAGAGUCAGGAUCAGAAUGAAGGUCAGAGGGAUACUGUUGAGAGCCCACUUCCAUUACCUUCACGAGUAGUACCUUCUCGUCCACUCUACUAUCUGGAGUCGUACCAUGACAACUGGCCACAGCAUGACAUGCACCAGCGUUCAGGAAUUGAGUGGGAGAUUGUUAAUGAUUUACGGAUUGACAUGGCUAGGCUACAGCAGAGGAUGAAUAACAUGCAGAGGAUGAUGGAAUCCUGUAUGGAUAUGCAACUUGAGUUGCAACGCUCAAUACGACAAGAAGUUUCUGCUGCCCUGAAUCGCUCGUCUCCUAUAGAAGGAGGGUCAGGGGAUGGUCUUCAAAAACAUGAACCUCAAUGGGAUUGUGUGAGGAAAGGAAUCUGCUGUAUAUGUUGUGAUAGCAACAUUGAUUCUUUACUGUACAGAUGUGGACACAUGUGCACUUGUUCAAAAUGUGCACAUCAGAUGGUUCAAAGCAGUGGAAAAUGUCCAAUGUGUCGGGCACCGGUAGUUGAGGUGAUCCGUGCUUACUCUAUAUUAUGAUCGGAAGGGUCAUUAAGAAAGAAAAUUUGGAUUACACAAGUAUAAUUUCUCUUUUCAGUUGAUCCUGUACCCUCUCUCUCUCUCUCUCAACCCCAAACACCAAAAAAACCAAAACCUUUUUUUUUUUUUUUGUGUAAAUUAUUUCUCCUUUUUUUUUUUUUUUUUUUAUUUUUUGGCUGGGUUAUUGCCAUAUAAGUACGCAGUACCGUAUGUUGACCGUGAUAAAGUAAUUGGAGUGGAAAUUACAAUUCUACCGAGGAACCUUCGUGGAAGGUGUGAUAUUUGUCGUUGAUUGGUACAACAAAUUACUUUUAUCAUUUUUCUAGACAAUACCAUUUGAUUUGUUGUGUUCAAA